AUGGCCAACCCGGACCAAGAAACUGUACUGGACCCUCGUCCAGAGUUGUUUGAUUUUCAUGGUGUGUCAAUGACCCAUUACUACGCUGACAACUGGGACAAUGUGCAGAACUUCCAGGCAAAACCUACUGAUAUUCUCAUUGCAACAUAUCCCAAAGCAGGUAUAACCUGGGUGUCCCACAUGUUGGACCUUCUGUAUUUUGGGAAGUCUUCCCCGAAGCGUGGGGUCUCCCUGCCCAUCUAUGAGAGAGCCCCAUUCCUGGAAUUCUGCAUCCCCUAUCGUCCCAAAGGUGUAGAAUUGGCAGAUAAGAUGACCACAUCCCCUCGCCUCAUUAAAACCCACCUUCCAGUUCAGUUUGUGCCUAAAUCCUUCUGGGAACAAAAUUGUAGGAUUGUCUAUGUAGCCCGCAACGCCAAGGACGAUGUUGUGUCCUACUUUCAUUUUGACCGAAUGAACAGUGUGCAGCCUGAGCCAGGAGACUGGACUAGUUACCUGCAGAGAUUCCAGGAGGGAAAAUUGCUAUUUGGCUCCUGGUAUGACCAUGUGAAAGGGUGGUGGGAGAAAAAACAAGCUUACUCCAAACUCCUCUAUCUACACUACGAAGAUCUAGCAGAGGACAUGGAUCGGGAGUUGGACCGUGUGUGCUCAUUCCUGGGUGUGUGCCCAACUGAGGAGGAGAGACGUCAGGGGAAAGAAGGGGUGGGAUUUGAUGCCAUGAAGAAUAACCGCAUGACUAACUACUCCACUAUCGAUGUAUUGGACUUCAAAAUCUCUCCAUUCAUGCGAAAAGGGAAAGUUGGCGAUUGGAAGAAUCACUUCACUGUGUAUCAGAACGAACAGUUUGACAAAGAGUACCAGAAGAAGAUGAUGAAUACCACACUGCUGUUCCGGACUGAGAUUUAGGCAGGUGUCCAUCACCCAGGAACCAAGCUGG